AUGAUUAAUAUUGAACAUGAAAUUAAUGAGCAAGUUGUACAACAAGAUAAAUCAUACAAAAUAAUUCCAAGGUUCUUCUUUCCGAAGGGAGGUCCAAGUGACAAGGUCCAACAAGCCUUCUCUGAGGCCGUUAAGAGUCAAUACCUCACCUUUUGUCAAUCAAAACUUUUCACCUCUGAAGAAUUGGAUAAGGUGUGGGAGUUUCUAUUGGAAAAAGAUAAAACUCAAGAGGAAGGAAAUGAAAAAAUUAACUAUACAGGAUUUAAGGAAGUGAGAAAUCAAUUUCCUGAAUUCAAAGCAAAAGAAUAUUUUAAUCAGUCAUUAUUCUUAAGAUUACCAAAAGAUGAUUUUGGAAGAAUUAGUAUACCAGUGUUAUUUAAUCAUAUAUUGAGAAAAGCAGCACUAGUUCAAAAUAGGAUUGCAUUGAUGAAACACGACUCAGACAAUGAUGGAUUUUUAACUGAAAAAGAUUUGGAACGAUAUGUAGAUAAUUCAAUAGAUUAUCUCACUGGUUUGCAUACAAACCCAAUUUUAAAAACAGAUAAGAAUUUCAGAAAGGUCUAUAUAGAAACAAGUGUGAGAAAGUUUUUAUUUUUCCAUGCAAACAAUAAUGGAAAGAUUUGCAUUGAAGACUUUGUUGGAAGUAAAGAAAUGGUUGAGUUUAAUGAGCUACAAAAUGAUGAUCUCUCCCAAGAAGAAGAAAUGAACAAUUGGUUUUCUAUACCCUCUGUUAAGAGUGUCAAUGAUGCUUUUGUACAAUUAGAUUUUACAAGAAGUGGACUAUUGAGUAAGAAUGAGUUUUCCAAGUUUAACGCAAACUCCUUAACUUCUACUUUCAUUAAUAGAAUGUUCCAAGAGUAUGGUCUCAAGAAUGGAAAACUUGAUUACAAAUCUUUUGUAGACUUCCUUUUAGCGUUUGAAAAUAAGAAGACGAUUCCGUCAAUCAAGUACUUUUUCAAGAUUUUAGAUAAUUCCAAGACUGGAAUGAUUACACCAUUCGUAAUUAAUUAUUAUUUUAGAGAUAUGUUAAAGAAAAUUCGUCAAAAUGCAAAAUCAUCAACUCCUCAAAACUCUCUUGGAGGGGAUGAGUUUGAAGAUCCAGUCAAGACAGCAGAUAUUGUUUUUGAAAUAUAUUCAAUGGUGAAACCAAGUAACAAGAAAGACAUAUUCCUUGAUGAUCUCAUUAAGAGCUUGGAAGUUGGCUCCACAGUAAUUGGUGUUCUUAUAGAUGUUCAUGAAUUUUGGAAAUAUGAGCAGAGAGAAGAGCAAGGAGGAAGUUAA